AUGGCCUCCAGAAUACACCGAUGUUUCCCUCCACUCCCAGAGCUUUGCAAGGUCCUGGGCUUCCUCCUGAUUUUGGCACUGACUGAAGCACUGGUAUUUGCCAUCCAGGAACCAUCUCCCAGGGAAUCUCUUCAGGUCCUCCCCUCAGGCACGACUCCAGGCACCAUGGUGAGAGAACCCCCCACCUCUACCAGACACUCCUCCGUGGUGGCUAUUCCUGCCUCUGUGGCGAUGCAGACACACCAUGACGAUGAACCCUCCUCACAGCCCAUAGCACCCACGGCAAUGAUGACGCCCCAUCCGGACAGAAAUCUUCCUACAGAAACCAUCCCUGUCAUCAUGGUGACAGCAGCCACCUCGCAUUCUGAAGGCUCUGUGCACACUAGGUCCCCUCCUGUUCCCACAGCAACUCCAUCCUCCCACCCCACCAACCGCCCUCCAGGGGAGGCCAUCCCCACCAUCCUGCUGACAAAGCCAACAGGAGUCACCAGCCGCCCCGCCACAUCACCCACCCGGUCUACCACACGCAGACCCCCAAGGCCACCAGGCUCUUCCCGAAAGGGAGCAGGGAGUUCAUCACGCCCUGUCUCACCUGCAUCCAGUGGCCACUCGGGGAGGAAGGAAGGCCAGCGAGGGCGAAAUCUGAGCUCCACACAUCUGGGCCAGAAGCGACCACUGGGGAAAAUCUUUCAGAUCUACAAGGGCAACUUCACAGGAUCUGUGGAACCAGACCCCUUUGCUCUCACCCCCAGGAACCCACUCCAGGGUAACUCCUCACUACAGCCCCAGAUAGUGGCUGCAAUCACAACGCCCAACAGUACCUCGUGGGCGUCACCCACCACCCCCCUGGUGCCUGCAGAGAACAAGUCAGGCCUUAGCAGAACAGGCCAGGGGGGUGGUCCCACCUUCACCAGCCAAGGAGGGGAGCUGAACGCCACAGCAGCCUCAGGUGCCCCUACCAUUCCACAACCUUCCCCAGUGCCUUCUCAGCACCCCCGCGGUGACCCACAGGAUGGCCCCAGCCACAGUAACUCCUGGCUUACUGUCACUCCUGGCACCAACAGACCAUUGUCUGCCAUCUCUGGGGUCUUCACAGCCGCCACGGGGCCUACCCAGGCUGCCUUCGAUGCCAGUGUCUCAGCCCCUUCUAAGGGGAUUCCUCAGGGAACAUCUGCUACCCCACAGGCCCCAGCUCACCCUCCCAGUGUCUCAGAAAGCACUGUUUCCCAGGCUGAGGAGGAGGCUGCAACCAUCUCCUCCAUGACCGACAGAGUGCCCAGUCCUCUCUCUACAGUAAUGUCCACGGCCACAGGAAACUUUCUCAACCGCCUGGUCCCUGCUGGGACCUGGAAGCCUGGAACAGUGGGGAACAUCUCCCAUGUGGCUGAAGGGGACAAACCCCAGCACAGAGCCACCAUCUGCCUGAGCAAGAUGGAUAUCAUCUGGGUGAUCUUGGCUAUCAGCGUGCCCAUCUCCUCCUGUUCUGUCUUGCUGACAGUGUGCUGCAUGAGGAGGAAGAAGAAGACAGCCAACCCAGAGAACAAUCUGAGCUACUGGAAUAACGCCAUCACUAUGGACUACUUCAACAAGCAUGCUGUGGAGUUACCAAGGGAGAUCCAAUCCCUUGAAACCUCUGAGGACCAGCUCUCAGAGCCCCGCUCCCCAGCCAAUGGCGACUACAGGGACACUGGGAUGGUCCUUGUGAACCCCUUCUGUCAAGAAACACUAUUUGUGGGAAACGAUCAAGUGUCUGAGAUCUGA